AUGGCGCGGAACGCCUUCUGGGCGGCAGUCGGCUGGUGCCUGCUGCUCUUCAUCCCGUGCGUCAUCAUCAGCCUGGCCUUGACGCCCCUCUACCGCAAGUCGGAGCCCUUCUCCGAGGGCCUGAUGGACACCGUGCGAGAUCAGCGCGGCGACCGGCGGCGCAGUCGCUCGCACGACAACAGCCGUUACCAUGGUUACAGCCCCGAGUCGCCGUCGUACUCGGCCAUUCCGCCGCGCGGCCAGCACUUCAGGCCACUGGGAGCUACGGCCGAGCUGGGGGACACCGAGCCUAAGGCACCGCCGCUGUGGGAGGAGAUGCACGAGGGUCCGCCCGGCUACCCGGACAGCCCGCAGGCCACCCGCGAACGGCCGCCGCCGUACUUCCCGUCUGAAGCCGCGCGUAGGCUCUGGUUCCGAUGGAAGGAGGCAGGCGUCGGCUCUGGCUCUGGCGGGAGGAGGCAGGCGUCGGCUCUGGCUCUGGUGGACGGAGCCAGGUGUCGGCUCUGGCUCUGGCGGGUGGAGGCAGGCGUCGGCCCUGGCUCUGAUCAGAGGCAGCUGGAGACAGCGCGGAAGGCGGGCAAUCUGACCGAGACGUUUGUCCACCUGGGGCUGUAUGAUUGGUCCACACUGGUGCAUCACCACCUGGGCUACGCCAUCUUGGCUGGCGUCGGCAUCGUGCUGGCGCUUCUCACUCCCUUCAUCGGCCUCAUUGUCUGCUGCUGCCGCUGCUCCGGGAAGUGUGGGGGCCGGGUGGAGCCUUAUGAUAAGAGAAAAGACACGUGCAGGCGCUGGUGCAACGGCAUCUUCCUCAGUCUUUUAGUCCUGCUGAUUUUGUUCGGCGUGGUCGGCUCGUUCGUGGUUAACGAGUACGUAGAGCGAGGCGUGACCGAGGUACCGCCGCGUCUGCACGUGGCCGUCAACGACUCCCAGCUCUACGUGCAGAACACCAAACUGGAGGUCAACCACCUGCUGAAAAACAACUACAUGGAGUUGACGGAGGUGCUGGACGAGUCUUUAGAGGGGUGUGGAGACCGGAUCAAGACCCAGCUGGCCACCAUCUCCCGCGCCGUGGCCGUAGAGAACUUGACAGCGAUCGCCGAGGGGCUCGGUGACAUUCGACGUGACCUGACGGCGAUCGCCGACCAGUCCCAGCUGCUGCAGAACAAGGCGGACCAGCUGGGGGUGGGCCUUCAGGACGCGCGUGCCGAGCUGACCGUGCUGCUGCGCUCCUGCGAGCUGCCCGACGUGUCGAGGACGGCCCGCGAGAUCUCCGCCCUCAUCGAGAACGGCAUCGAGAGCGAAGUUCGCUCCGGCAAACAGGCGCUCGACCAGCUGUCUGAGCGCAUCCAGGCAGAGGUGGCGGCCAUCGUGCCCGAGGUCCGGCAGAGUAUCAGUCGGGAGGGCAUUCAGCUGCAGGGGGUCGCCACUAACAUCACCAGCGUGCUAGACGAGGUCCAGCUGCGGCCUGCUCACAGAGCCAUUGACGAGGCAAACGACUACCUGCGUCAGUACGGCGCCUUCAGAUACUACGUGUUCCUGAUCAUCUCGGGCCUGGUGCUGAUCAUCACGUUUUGUCUGACGGUCGGGAUCUUCUGCGGCUUCUGCGGACGCCGGCCGGGCAAUGUCUACGGGGACGGCACGUGCAACAAGGGCACCGGUGCCAACUUCCUCAUCAGCGGCACGUUCUUCUACUUUCUGUUCGGCUGGCUGCUGCUGCUGCUCAUCACGUGUAUGUUCCUGCUGGGCGGUCUGGCCCAGUUCUACCUGUGCGACGGCCUGGCCAACCCCUCGGCGCCCGGCAGCGGCCUCGCUAUCCUGCAGGCCGUCUAUCCGCUGGAGAAGCUGCUCCCUCAGCUCGAGCCCACAGGCUUCGAUGUAGCGGAGGUGGUCAGCCGAUGCCAUCGCAACCAGUCAAUCUACAAGGUGCUCAACCUGGAACCCGUGUUCGAUAUUUCUCAGAUCAGCACCUACAAACGGAACCUGGGUCUGGAUGACCAGCUGGACAGGCUACGAGAUGAGAUCAGGGUGGACACGGACAUAGAAAUUCUGACGCCGCGAGCCCGGCAGCAGCUGAUAGAUUUAGCCGAGACGGACUUAGCGCAGGUCAACUACACGGCCUUUGCUGUCGCGCUGAAGGAGCGCGUGCUCUCGAUCGACCUGCGCAACAUGGGGCGCGAGCUGGAGUCAGCCGCCCAGGAGCUACCCAACACACAGCGCAGCGUGGCCACCAAGCUGAGGAACCAGGCCAUCAUCCUGAUGGCGCACCAGCGCGUGGCUGAGGGCAUGGCCGAGAUCGUCGACGGCGUCUUGAACUCCACGGCUGCCUUGCGGGAGCACGUCAAGUUCAACCACACGGACGUGACUGAGGCGGUGCAGGCGCUAACCUCCCAGGCGGAGGCGGCUCAGCAGUACCUUCGCACGCGAGGUCGCGCCGAGGUCAUCCAGCUGGCGGAGGACUUCACGUCUGAAUUCAUCUCGCACGUGAACGGCUACUCGGAGCGCGUGGAGCGAGCCUUCGGGCGAACGGUGGGGCGGUGCGGCCCCCUUAGCACCGUGUACAACUCCACGGCCAUCACGCUCUGCAGCAACGUCAUCUACCCUUUCGUGAGUGUGGAGGCAGACUCUCUCAUCCCUGUAAUGGGAUGUUGA